UUAGGGACUUUGACGGUCCGGUACUGACGACAUCCUGACUAGAGAAAUGGACAGUCAGAGGAAAAGGAGGUGCAGCAGAGAGGGGGUUUGUCUAGAAUGCAGUUGUGUUGUCUAUCCACAGAAAGCGCUGUGUGGUCCAGCCCGACCUAGUUAGCUAAGAUACGGACACCAGGAAACAUGACUGUAGUCCAGCUCAGUGAGCCUGCUGCAGGGUUCAGGGUUAGUCUGGAUGAAGGAGGAGCGCUGACACAGAAGGGACGCUAACAGACUGAUGAUGGCAGCAGGGUUACAGGGCGAUUACAACUCACACCUGUUUUCUGUCCACUCUUCAGCGUACAACGACAAGAUUGUGGCAUUUCUUCGACAACCAAACAUCUUUGAGAUUUUGCAGGAGAGGCAGCCUGACCUCAGCCGUAACCACUCACUCAGAGACAAGGUGCAGCUGAUCCGUACAGAUGGAGUGUCAGGACUGGCCAGGCUGUCAGGAGAUGCUGACCUCGUCAUGCUGCUAAGUCUGUUUGAAGAUGAAGUAAUGUCCUAUGUGCCUCCACACGCCUUACUUCACUCCAGUUACUGUCAGUCACCUCGAGGGUCGCCCGUCUCCUCACCACAGAACUCACCUGGUAAAGUCACAUCA